AUGGGCAGUGUAGUCUCACCGAAAACGUUCGAGAAACAGGGUCUCGACUUGAUCGAGAAGAAAGUAUCAGGCGCAACUUACCUCCACUACACAGUCAAUGUCAACUUCCUGGCUUGGAUCUAUCUCGGGGCAACGAACUCAGAGCCUGGUACUCUCAUGCAUGCGCAUCUGCUCACAAGGCAACAGCAGUAUGAGAAGAACAUACUUAUAGCUCUGCAUCGUAUUGGGGUUCUCGAUCCCCCAAGUAUGUCGCUGUUUCAGGCACUUUUGUCAGGGACGAUGUACAUGUUGCUCUCUGGCAAGUUGGAGAAGUGCUGGCAAUUGAGUACUGCUGCAUGUCGUACUUGCAUGGCUCUUGGCGGCCCUCAACUCAUAUCAUCACCAUCUGACAAAUUUGGGUCUGAAGAAGCUCGAUAUGGCCUUUCUCUUUGUUACAUGUUCGACAAAGCGUUGGCAUUGAGUAUGAACCGGACAGCAUGUUUGCCUGACAUGAAUCUCGAUACUACAGACCUACUCGGUCCUGAUCCAGCAAAGCCGCAUACAUACCUGCUUCAUGUGUACUUGCGGCUAGCCGAGAUUCAAAACGAAAUUGUUCAUGGCUCCAGAGAACGGAGUAACUCGAAGGACAUGCUCUCCAGGGUUCAAUGCAUGCAACAGGAAAUGUGGAAGAUUAAAGAAACCAUUCGGGAGUUCCGCAACACACAGCUCCAAUCUAAGGAUAGCUACCUGAGAGGCGAGUGGAUGGGAGUCGACUUCGCCUACCAUUCCGUCAUGACUUCUGUGGUGAAGCUCCAUCCAUACCUAGCUGAAGACGUUGGACUGCACCAACAGCUCCUUGGAUUCGCCCGAACGUCACUAUCAUCUCUCAAUGAUAUGCUAUUACAUGCCAAGACUCUCACAGACAUCCAUAACUUCAGGGUUUCCGUUUCAUGGCUUGUGCUUUUCUACCCGCUAUACCCCUUUUUCGUGCUUUUCACUCACGCAGUCAGCGUCUCCAGCGUACAGGAUUAUCAACUACUAGCAAACGUCACGAAUGGCCUGCGAGAAUUCAGUGGGCAGAACUCAGCUUUGAUGGGUGUUCAAAAGCUUUUCGAGGGAUUCAUGGCAUUGUGUAAGCCAACAUUCAGGAAAGACUCUCGGACUCAGACAUCAAGCGUCGUACAGGAGGCAACACAGUCCACAGCAAGAGGGGCUAGCCCGCCCUCUGCGCAAGGGUCUUCACAGGUGCUGGAAGCAUCGGAACAAAACAGAGUUGCGGUGCCCUGGUGGACAAACCCAUUCGCAACGAUUGCUGAGGAGGAUGCAGACAACGCAUGGAGCUCUGCCAAUGGCCAUAGUUCGGGGGUCAUUCCAGACUUCAGCUCGUUGGAUGAACACGAUUUGUUAACAGAGCUGUACAACACGCAGCCUUCUAUUGGGUGGAUCGAUGCACCAUGGCCUUCAGCAAGUCAUCCAUAA